CUUGACGUUUUAGCAAGAAAUCGCAAACCCAUCUGUCUGAAAAGAGAGUUACGGCAUUAUCUCUGAAUGUUACAAAGUGUGGACUUUGGAGACUCCUUCCAUAAAUGCUAAAUAAACACCAUGAAGUUUCACCACAUCAACAAUCAUAGAUGUUUUUAUUUGUUUAAGUGGAGCAUUGAUUAUACAAAUCCCUGUGUAAGUUGUUGUUAGAAACACUAACAUAUUAGAAUGAGCGCUUUAAUAGAAAUCUGUGAUUAGUCUUACAGCCAGAACUUUGUGUCAGAGCUGCCGUUAUAGAAAAUUGAUCAACAACUUUUUUUUUUUUUUUAGAAUUGAACAGCACUGUGGUUUAAUAAAUAAUAUCACAGAGUCUAUUUGUGUGAACUGGGACAAUGCAUUCCUGCUCUAUUUUCUAAAUCUUCUCUGACAAUCAUUACUGGUUAUGAAUACUAAGAACACCUGUCAAAUGUGGCUGCUUUAUAUCUCACUAUAGAUUCUACCCAUCAUCAAACACUUCCAGCACAAUCUAAUUCUAUUAAGCCCCUCUAUUCAUCUUGUCUGUGUGUCUCGCCACUCGAAACAGCGGCCAGCAUGAUGGAUUCAACAUGAGCUGUCUUUGACUAGAGUUUGACAGCAGUGUUUCCCUUUUUAAUUAACUGCAGCACACACUCCUCCUCUUUUUCCCACCAGAAACCCUAUGUGAGACAGAGAGACACAAACAUGGAAGCAUGAGACUGAUGGAUCUCAGAGGAGACCGGUGACAACAAAGGACGUCCUCACGGAUGGAUAAUAAAAAAACAUCAUUGCCUAUUACAGAUUGGGGGGAUUCAAUUAACAGACCCCUCCUUCAGUCCGCUGGGGGCCAAGAGCGCUCCAGUGAAACCUGGAGGCCACCGGUUCUCAGAGCACUGCUUUGGAAAGACCCAGCACACAGCUCUCUCAUGGCUAUCUGCUCAGCCAUCACUGUUGCAUGUUCCCCUGGGGAGAAGCCCACUGUGUGUGUGUGCGUGCUUGUUAACUAGGGGGCAGGACAGUUUGGCUAGUCAUAAAGAGCUGCUAAUUUGGCUGGUGCUGAAACGACCUUGGGGAAAGAAACUCAUCUCCUCAGGAUUGUAGGAUGCUCAUGAAUCCCCUGAGUGCUGAGGGGGCGGACCCUGCUGUCCUUCAGCCCCGCUCCCAUGCCCUACACUUUGCUCUGUUAAUCAAGCCUCUCACACGGAUGAUGCAUUCUCCUCAGCCAUUUAAAAGAAUCUAAUGAAUCUAUUUUUUUUUUUUAUUUUGAUAUAGUGUCUCAGCACUGCAGGAAUUGGAUGUGCAUACACAAUCAGUAUUGUUCUUCUAUAGAAACUAUAGUUUAGCAGCACCUACAAACAGUUCAUGCUCAAAUGCCUUAUUUUGCCCAAACAACAUGUUUCUUCUAAUACUAGCUAAUGUACAACUCUGAAGACAUGCAAGAUUGCUUUUAUAGUGUGAUCCUUAGUGAUGUUUUACCAGCUGAAACACACACAGACACCCACACACCUAACAGAGCCAAAGUCCUAACAUAACCGCUUACAUUCAUGGGCCAGUGGAAUGUGUUUACUUACUUAUGCGCUUCCUGCUUUGGUGGAGAAUGACUUCCUCCAGCGAUGUGCACACCAUUACUGAUGUCUAGCAAAACAAUGAACACAGAGAAUGCGGGAUUAUUAAAAAUAAAUACUGAUCUAAGUGGCUAUGUUUGUAUAUUAAAUAGGCACAAAAAAGCACCGUUCAACAAGAUGUCAAAUAAAUACUAGUAUGGUUUUCUAAUAUGGCUGUGGUGGUGAAUGUGGUAAAUGAUUGACUUUACAUGAGGGGUGUGAGCAAGUGCAAUGAAUAGGGAGCUUCAUGUGAUGCUCCUGUUCAGUCUGAGGCACUGAUGAUAGAACUUUAUUACGUUUAACUGGUGUAUCACAUUAUAGACCAUAACGAAUUUAUUGUAACGCGUCGAUUCAUUCAGUAGUAUUAUUCCAGGAAAGAUCUGAAAUGGGAAAAGCUGUCCGAGUGCUUUACUGCCUGCUGUUGAUGCUGGGAGUUGUUACAGGACAAGCAGGGAGCGUUGGGCGAGCUUUACCAAACUGGCUCACUGGCAUCAUCGCUGUUGCUGUGUUUCUCUUUCUGGUCUUUAUCACCUUCCUUGUCAACAAAGCCUGGUGUGAGGACUCAAGUAACAGCCAGGAGGAAAAGGUCACUGUAACAGAAAACGAAUAUUCCAUGACCAUCACAAAUCUUGAUUCGGUCAGGAGUCAGGAGUACGAUGGUGCUUAUGAAAAUGUAAUUAUUCACAAAUCUGAAGAAAAUGUGACAGCCAUGUGAAUUUGGGAAAGUGGUCAACAGUUCGCUAGAUGCAGUGUGGCAUCUGUUUAAACCAGGUGUAAACUCUAAUCCACCUUAGUGAUGUUAAAGAUUUCAUUAAUGUUUUUCUUGCACGUUUAUACACUUACACACAUUUAUGGAUAUACGUACACAUAUGGGACAAUUGAAAAUAAAUUUGUUGCCAGUCUUCACA